GACGGGGUUUCACCAUCUUGGCCAGGCUGGUCUUGAACCCCUGGCCUCGUGAACCACCCACCUCAGCCCCUCAAAGUGCUGGGAUUACAGGUGUUAGCCACCGUGCCCGGCCGUUAAAAUGUAUUUUAAAAUUGAAUAAGAAGCAAGCAUGCCAAACGCAAGUUUUCCUUUAAUCCUUGAAGGUGUGGGUUACCGCCCACUGACACCCUCCCUCACACCUGCUCACCUCUUUCACAAGGAACUCAUUCCAGCCUUGUGCUAGAACAGACAGCUAUGGCUGAGAAAAGCCUUUUAAAAACAAAGUCUGUUGGAGCAAACAGAUCCUAACAUCAAAACCUCGGAGCUGGCUGUAUUCACUCUGCCAAGCAAAAAGCGCACAGCUCUUCUGCUCUGUUGAAAUUCAGUUUCCCUCAACAAGCAAAUAGUUUCCCAGAAGUCACUCUUAAUGUCAGGCUUGCAAAUGCUAAAAAGCAUUCUUUUAAAAGGCUACUGCAUAAAUCCUCUAGCACAUUCCAACACACUGCCCAUGUUACUCCUGAGAAUCUUCCAGAAAGCACCUCCAGCCACCGUACUCAGAACCCUCUGCCCCAUCAGGGCUAUGGCAGGGCUGGUGACUCCGGCGCGGUCACCACCAGAGGGCAGAAAGCACUCGCAUCAGCUGCACUGCUACCAUCCUCAAGAGCCAGGCAGCCCGAACCCCUUGCCUACGUCCUGGUAACCUGUGCUACAUUCUAGAUCUUACUUCUACUAUUUUAUUUAUUUAUUUAUUUUUGAGACAGGGUCUUGCUCUGUCACCCAGGCUAGAGUGCAGUGGUGCAAGCAUAGCUCACUGCAGCCUUGAACUCCUGGGCACAAGCAAUCCUCCUGCCUCAGCCUCCUGAGUAGCUGGACUAUAGGGGAGCACCACGAUGUCUGACUAAUUGUUUUUGUUUUUUUGUAGAGACGGGGGUCUCACUAUGUUGCCCAAGCUGGUCUUGAACUCCUGGCCUCGAGUGAUCCUCCUGGCCUCAGCCUCCCCAAGUGCUGGGAUUAAAGACGUGAGCCACCGCACCUGGCUUACAUCAACUAUGAAAUGAAUGGCAGGAGCCAUGAUGAUUAAGAAGUAGUACUUGAGAAGGGGAGGCAUGGGUAACCCAGAAGCAGAUCCCUCCCCACCCACACAGCCCUGGAGCCCCACUCCACAUGGUCUCCCUACGGCUCCACCUUCCCUUCAGAUAAAGCCCGUGCUACACACCCAUGGUAACUGCUAACCCUUCCCGUAUAGGACCUCCCAGAACCCUCGCAAAACCUGAGUUUGACAGAAGAGGAAACGGAGACACUGUGACGAGCUGGUAAGGUGGGGCCAGGAUUCGACCCCAGUUAGGUUCUAGAGGUUGGUGGCUGGCCACUCUUCACUGGUGCCCCCAGGUGCUGCCGCGCACUCCCUCCACUGUUCCCCAGAAUGACAUGAACACCCCCAAGUUACGGAUCCAGGGGAAUUAUUCCGAAGCCCCAGGAGCAGCGCGUUCAGCGGCAGUGCUGCUUGCCACAAUGCCUUGCCAUGUUCCAAGACCAACUUUUACCAAGCAAGUAGCUGGUGUUAUAAACUCUUCCCACAACAAAAAAACCCAAGACCUGGCCCAGAAAACUUUCACUAGCUAUGAAACUGGAGUGAGCCCCUAUACCCCUUCUUCCCUCUCUUCAGACUCAAAGACUGAGGACCACAAAGAAGGCAGCAUGCUUCACUGGGACUUGCAGGCUGCCGCUCCAGUCCCUCUGCAGCUGCACAAGCAGGAACCAGUCUUUUGGGGCCAUGACUGUGCUUUUUUUGGAAAGGUGGCCUCUCUGGAGCCCUCACCUUCUUCUGUGGCUGGAGGCAACCAGGACAGCUGUGAGAGCCGUGUCCUAGCUGAGCCUGGACCUGGCAAGGCCCAAGGACACCCAGUUCCCUGCUCCUGGGCCACACGCUCCUGCUGGUCUCCACGAUCCUCAGCCCAUCUCCUCCGGGACCCCGCAGCAGGGCUGGCAGUGUUGGGGAACAGCGAGGGCAGGGAGGCCGAGGAGCCUGUGGCCCUGCUGAACGCUGGCCUGCGCCUGCACAGGCAGAUGGUCUAAAUGGGAUGGUCUACACAGGAUGGUCUACACAGACAAUCUACACAGGACGGUCUACAGAGACAGUCUUCACAGGACAGUCUAUACACGACGGUCUACAGAGACAGUCUACACAGGACAGUCUAUACACGAUGGUCUACAGAGACAGUCUACACAGACAAUCUACACAGGACAGUCUACACAGACAAUCUACACAGGACAGUCUAUACAGACAAUCUACACAGGACAGUUUACAUGGACAGUCUACACAGGACAGUCUACACAGACAGUCUACACAGGAGACCGGCUGCCCAGAAAUCGGCUAUUCUCAGCUAUUCCAACAGAGUGAGGAGGGCAGGGGAGAAUGCAGGCAGUUGGGGAGCUGGGGGCAGCCGUCCAGGGGUGCCUGCAAGUGGGAUGAACGUGGGCACUGGGACUCCUCGGCCCAGAGAACAUGGUAAGAAACUAAAAACAGAAAAGUUUGUCCUGGCUAAAGUUCCAAGAGUGGUGAGAGGUCUGUGUCCAGGGGCCUAGGGCCAGACCUGCAGGGUUCCGUAAGCCACACCAUGUAUUAUCCUGUGAGGCAAAGGGAACCGCACAAGGGUUUUCAGCUGGGAAGAACCGUGGUGAGACUUGGAUUUGAGAAAGCUCAUUCUGAAAGCAUGGUACAAAAUGAACUAUGGUGAGUCAAGAAGGAGAGGUGGCUAGACCCAGAUGCAAGAGGAGUGGUGGCCUGCACAAACGGACACCGUGCAGCCACACGCUAGCCCGAGGGGUGUUUGAAAAGUUGCAGGAACUUAGAAUGACACGCAUCCUGAAGUCAAUGCUCACUCCAAAGAGGUGUGGCAGGGCAAGAGUCUAGGUACUGAAUGGAGGCAAAUCUCAUCUAGUCAGCCGCUCCCACAGCUCCGCAGAGGUAGCCACACUCUCACCAGCCAAAAAAUCAGACACCAUGAAGAUGCACUAAGAACUUGCUUUUCAAGAUAAGAGCAGGUCUCCAUAACUCCACACACAACUCCACACUGUGAUGAGAGCCGCACAGGCAGCACAGGUGGGCGGAGCGCCACACGCACCACACAGGAGAAGGCGGGGCCGAAGAGGUCCGUGCAGUUCUUCCGCCUCCUCCCUUUUAUUCACUUCAUUAACUGAUUGACAACCAACAUGCAUUUAUAUGCUGCUGUUUUAAUUUUUUUUAAUAAAAAUACUACGUAAAGGAAAUACAAAGGCAAGAAAAAUAAUUUAAAAAUCUGGACGAAAAUGGUAACUAUAUGGAGUGGUAUGCAUGAUCACAUACACAGCAAAUGAAGCCGAGACUUACCGAACCUUUCUCCAUCACUCUGUUGAGCAUGACGACACCCCUGCUUUUCUGCUCCCACACCAUCUCCCAAAAGUGACCGCAUGUGUUAGGCAAAGGGCCCUGCAAAGACACAGUAACACAACAUGUGACAUCUGAAACAUAACAUGCUACAGCGUGUGCUCACCUUCUGCAGUCAGCUAACGACAGCGCCCUCAGUCCCCACAGCUUAGGCAGAGUGGUGGCUGAGGCUGGGACAGGGACCCACCUCUCUCUGCCUGGUGGUCAGUAACUGCAGCUCCAUUUUCUACCAGGCAGCGAAAGGCGAUUUCCGCAUCUCAGUUCAGGGCUGGGCCAACCAAGGACAGAAAAAUGCCGAUUCUGCUUUCUGGCUCAGGCAGGCCCGCUAAGGGCCUCCACUGAGAUUCGUCCCCAAGGCCCUUGGGCUAUGGAACAAAACUCCUUGGUGCAGAUGAGAGGCAGUGUGGGGGCGUGGCCAACCACAACACUUCUCUUGGUUCCAAUCACAUCAUCUUGUGACCUUGGGCAAGUCACUUCAUCGCUCCCUGCCCCAGUUUCCCCAUCGCUUACUUGACUAAUAAUAGUUCCUAUUCAUAAAACUGUG